GCAGACGGAGCAGUGGUGGGGUAGGCUGGAUUGUGAUAGCGACAGAUGUCUAGAAAACUGCGAGGGGCACUCCUCAGCUACCACACAGUCCCAGGCUGCACCUCGGAGAGCAGGGGCGGAAUCUGCAGCUGUCACUCCAAAGGUUUACCUCCAUUAUCACAUCCAGCCGGAGCUUGGGGAAAAAAAAAAAAAAGUCCAACUGAGCACUCGCUAGAAAAACAGGAGACAUCAUGGGAGGAAAACUGAGCAAGAAGAGGAAGGGAUAUGAUGUGAGUGACCCCAAAGAGAAGAAGGAUGAGACUGCAGGAACAGCUGCUGGUGCAGAGGAAUCUGAGAAAGUGGAGGACAGAGCCCCAUCCACAAUAGCUGAGGCUGAGUUGACAGCUAAGGCAGACAAUGUGGUAGAGGAAGCUGUGGGGUCAGCUGUGGCAGCAGUAACUGAGGCUGUAGAAGCUCCAGAAGAGCCCAAAUCAACACCUCCAAAAGAAUCAGCUGCUGCAGCUCCAGAGGAGGAUGCUCCAGUACAGGAAUCAGUUGCAGCAGCAGAGGAAGCAGCUCCAGUUGCAAAAGAACCUGCAGCAGCAGCAGAAGAGGCAGCUCCAGUCCCAAAAGAACCUGCUGCAGCAGCAGAGGAAGCAGCUCCAGUCCCAAAAGAACCUGCUGCAGCAGCAGAGGAUGAUGCUCCUGUCGCAGAAGAACCUGCUGCAGCAGCCGAAGAGGCAGCUCCAGUCGCAAAAGAACCUGCUGCAGCAGCAGAAGAGGCAGCUCCAGUCGCAAAAGAACCUGCUGCAGCAGCAGAAGAGGCAGCUCCAGUCGCAAAAGAACCUCCUGCAGCAGCAGAGGAAGCAGCUCUAGUAGCCGAAGAACAAGUUGUAGUAGCAGUGGAAUCUGCUCCAGUAGCAGAGGAACCAGUUAAAGCAGCAGAGGAAGCAGCUCCAGUAGUAGAAGAACCAGUUGUAGUAGCAGUGGAAUCUGCUCCGACAGCAGAGGAACCAGCUCUAGCAGCAGAGGAGUCAGCCCCAGUGGUACAGGAACAAGCCCCAGUAGAGAUCCCAGAGGCUACAGCGGCAGCAGAGGAACUCUCUGCUCCAGCAUCAGAAGAACCCAUGCAAAGUGAAGUUGAACCCGAGCCUGCAACUACACCUAAAGAGCUCCCUGUAGAAGAACCUGCUGUAUCUGUGGAAUCUGUGCCAGAGCUAGAGGUUGUUCCAGCCAGCAUGGAGGAAGCACCUGGGGAACAAGAACCAGAGACCAUCCCAGAAACCGUUACUGAGUCCGAAGCAACUGUGGAGGAGACAACGGUGCCUGAACCCAAGCCAGUGGCUGAACCAGCUGUAGAGCCAGUGCUGGAGCAAGCCCCAGAACCAGAGCAAACCCUCGAGCCAGAGCCAGAGCAAGAACCAGAGCCAGAGCAAGCACCAGAACUAAAGCAGGAACGAGACAUAGAGUCAGUGGAAACACCCGAGCCAGAACCCAAACCUGAGCAAGCCCCAGAGUCAGAGCUAGAACAAUCACCAGAGCCAGAACCAGAGCUGGUACCAGAGCCAGAGCCUGAGCAAGAGCCCAAUGAAGUGGAGCCAGCAGCAGAGCAACAAGUAGAAGAAGCUGAACCAGAACCAGUUGUAGCCACAUCUGACAUUACUGGACUUGAGACUGUGACAGCAGAGGCAGAUGCACCUGAGGUCCUGGAGACUGCAGCAAAGGAGGUCCCCCCUGAAUAUCAACAUGAAGAGGAGGAAUCUCUUACAACAGAAGCCUCCAGCACUGAGGCGGCAGCUGAGCCAGAAGCAGCCGAACCUGUCCCUGAGAUUGUCAUCUCAGAGUCUGUAUCUGCUAGUGAAAUUACUGCUGAGUCUGAAGAGGUAGCAGAAGCCUCUGUGGAAGAGGUGCCUUGCUCAGGGCCUGAGGUUGAAAGCAAGAUGGAAAAUGGAGAUUUAGAGAGCCCUUCUGUUGCAAAGGAUGCGACAGAAGUAGAUGCACUUCCAGCUGUGAAUGGAGAGUGCACAAAUUCUACUGCCACUACUGUCAAACAGACAGAGGAAUGUGUUAACGGUAGUGAAAAGCCAGACGAGACGCCUAUCAAGGAGCAGAGUGACUUUGAACUGAAAAAGGAUGUGAACCUGAGUGGGGAUGUCCAGGAAGUUCCCGAUGCAGUCUCCGACAUGGUGGAAGGUCUCAGCACUGAGGUCACCCAGGCCGUCUGAAGAGAAGCCAUCUUUCGAAUCAAUGUGAAUUCAGUUUAAUCCUCCGAUGGUGCGAGAGAGCCAUCAAGGUAUCACAAACACAGCUAGGCUUUCAUAAAUGCUGUAACCACCGCAAUGUCUAUAGUGGUAACUCAGGCAAAAGGAUGUUUUCUUUUGAGUAACCAAAAAUGAAAUGCAACCACUUGAGGAUAAAAAUAUAGAGAGAGAGAUAGCAAGUGAGAUGGAACUGAGGGGAGACUUUGGAGUUUGGAAUUUGAGGGGUGAGUGCAGACAGACAGUGAAACUUGACAGGAGAGCAAAAAUACUGGACAGUGAAUAUGAUAUUAAUGAAUAAAAUGAACAAAUCUGUCUUUGUGUGUGAGCCCGAUGAAUAUGACAAAGUGGUUUAUUGGAACAGCAUUCAUUAUUAGUAUAUUAUCUGAUUUAGAAUUUCAUAUAUCCUUUCUAUUACUAUAUGCAGAGACAUGACAUAAAUGUUUUGGCCUUUUAUAAUAAUGGUACCUGUGAAGACUGUUAAUUUUAAAUUGAUUGUUGGGAAUAGAGAAUAAAAAGAGA